CCCCUACGGUCGUGUGCGAGUGUCUGUCUGUGCUUUUAAGUGUGUGGAGAAUCUCCUGAAGUGUUAUUCAACUUAGCUUUCUGAGAAGUCAGACCUAUACACGCAGAAGUCUUUUAAAAUUGUGGUUUGCACCCUGACAAAUGGGAAACUUUUCGGGAGACUCUGGUUCAGAUCCCAGUGUUUUCACCAACUUGUAUACCGUGCCGUGGCAAAAAGUACUCGGCACUUCCAAGUUUGAUCUACAAAACACUAUGUCUGAAAGACAGCAACAACAAAAAUGUGUUCUUCCAUUAAAAAAAUGUGAGACAUACAGAAAUGAAGAAUCCAACGAUGGUGGUAACUCACCUCAAGGAAGACAGAGAGUUUGGAGUUCUUUGCGAGGUAAUUUUGGCAAGAGUAACCCCCAAUAUGAACAUGGUGGAUAUGAGCCUCAGCUUUCACACCACCAGGAGGAUGAUGGAAAUGUGAUGAUGAGGAAUGUCCAGGAGUACCCCCAAGUAAGACACACUUUCUAUAGCAACCAACAGAACAAGAGGAGAGUGAAAUGGCAUAAUGAAGGCCAUAUCCAUGUUACUGUGUGGAGAGAUAGAAAACCUCUGAAGAGAGAAAUGAGGGAGAACACACAAGAUGGAACCCCAGGGAGCUGGUUCAAGAUCACCAUUCCCUAUGGGGGAAAGUAUGAGAAGACAUGGCUAGUGAAGUCAAUCCAGGACCAUUGCAGUGUCCCUUUCACUCCAGUGGAUUUUCACUAUGUGAAAAACCAAGCUCGGUUCUUUGUCCAGGAUGCUGGCAUUGCCUCUGCAUUGAAAGAUGUCAGCUACAAGAUAUGUGAUGAGGAGAGCCAAAAGAUAUCGAUCUUUGUCAAUCCCUCUAAUGUACCCUACUCUGUGCGGUAUAAGUUGAAGCCAGAAGAAAUGAAGCAGCUAAAGCUGACCAUGCACAAACGCUAUGAUGUCUCCCAUGAAGCUCUUGACCUCCAGAGUCUCCGCUUUGACCCAGACUUGGUGGGCCAUGAUAUUGAUAUAAUCCUGAAUCGAAGAAACUGCAUGGCUGCCACCCUGCAGAUCAUUGAAGAGAAUUUCCCUGAGCUGUUGUCCUUGAACUUGAGCAACAACAAACUAUACCAGCUGGAUGGCCUGUCUGACAUUAUACAGAUGGUCCCCACAGUCAAGAUCCUGAACCUCUCCAAAAAUGAGCUGACCUUGGUGUGGGAGUUAAACAAGAUGAAAGGGCUGAAGCUUGAAGAGCUUUGGCUAGAAGGGAACCCUUUGUGCGACACCUUCCCAGACCAGUCCACCUACAUAAGUGCCAUCAGGGAAUGUUUCCCCAAGUUGUUACAUCUGGAUGGCCAGACGUUACCCCCUGCAAUUAUCAUUGACACUGAUGCCCCAUACUUAAUAAAGUCCAGCAAGGAAAGCUCCAGAGGAUCUGAGAAACUAAAGAGUCUAAUCCUGCAAUUUCUUCAGCAGUACUAUUUGAUCUAUGAUUCUGAAGACCGCCAAGGUCUCCUCUGUGCUUACCACUACAAGGCCUGCUUCUCCCUGACCAUUCCCUUCAACCCCAAAGACCCAGCCCCAAGCAGCUUAUGCAAGUACUUCAAGGAAAGCAGGAAUAUGAAGAAGAUCAAGGACCCCUAUCUGCGUAUUCAGCUGCUGAAGCAUACAAAACAUGACAUUGUGUGCUCCCUCAGCACACUGCCCAAAACUCAGCAUGACAUCAGCUCCUUCGUGGUGGACAUGUGGUUCCAUACGGAGAUGAUGCUCUGCUUCUCUGUCAAUGGGGUGUUCAAGGAAGUGGAAGGAAGGUCUCAGGGUUCUGUUCGUGCCUUCACCCGCACCUUUAUUGCUACACCUACCAACAAUUCCAGUCUAUGCAUCGUGAAUGACGAGCUGUUUGUGAGAGAUGCCAGCCCAAAUGAGACUCAGAGUAUGUCCUCCAUCCCAGUGUCCUCAUCCACUUCCAGCUCUGUGUUCAUCCUCUCCAAGGAGCAGCAGGAAAUGGUGCAGGCUUUCUCCACUCAGUCUGGGAUGAAACCCGAGUGGUCUCAGAAGUGCCUUCAGGACAAUGAGUGGAACUACACCAGAGCUGGUCAGGUCUUCACUAUGCUCAAGAAUGAGGGAAAGAUCCCAGAGGACGCCUUCAAGCAAAUCACCUAGAAGAAGCCUUGGAUGUCCGCAUCAUCUUGGUUGUCUUUACUCCAGCCUAAGGUCAUGUUCAUGGCUGGGGAUGGAGGCCAGGCUAACCAUGAAACCAAAGUUAUCUUUAACUAGCAGGCCAGGUGACAUAACCACCUGAAGUAUUAGUUGUUCUGUGUAUUUCCCCCACUCGUGAUUUCUGUUUAUCUUCAUAAUAAAGAGUGAUGCUGCAUGUUG